UUGAUGACAUAGGAGUCAAGAUGCCUUCGAAUGGACAUCUCUGUCUUCAGGGAAUCUGCUUUCUCCUCCUCAGCACUGUGCUGGAUUCUCAAAUUCUAGGCCCGAGGCUGAAGAAUGGAGGCCACCGCUGUGAGGGGAGAGUGGAAGUGAAGUUCCAAGGAGUAUGGGGCACAGUGCAUGCUUUUGACUGGGGCUUGGAGGAUGCAGCUGUGGUGUGCAGACAGCUGGAAUGUGGAGUUGCUACUGAUAUUUCCAUAGGGGCUUAUUUUGGCUCACAGGCUGAACCCAUUUGGAUUUCAUAUCUUUAUUGCGAAGGGACAGAAUUGACAAUCAAUGACUGUAGGUAUUCUGCGGUUGAAAACUAUCAUAAUCUUGGCUUUUCCCAUAACUUUGAUGCUGGAGUAAUCUGCUCAGGAUUCGUGCGUCUGGCUGGAGGAAAUGGACCCUGCUCAGGGAGAGUAGAGGUGAAUUCAGGAAGAGACUGGAAUUCAGUGUCUGGUGGGAAUUUUACAUUCCGCACUGCCCAAGUCAUCUGUACAGAGCUGGGGUGUGGCAAAGCUGUGUCUCUUAUGGUGGAUGUGCCCUUUAGAGAGUCAGAUAGACAGGUCUGGGCUGAAGAGUUCUGGUGUGAGGGGCAGGAGCCUGAGCUCAGGGUUUGCCCCAGAGUUCCCUGUCCAGGAGGCAUUUGCCAGCACAAUGGGGCUGUUCAAGUUGUCUGUUCAGCAUACACAGAAGUGCGGCUCAUGAAAAAUGGCACCUCUCAGUGUGAAGGACAAGUGGAAAUGAAUAUUUCUGGAGAAUGGAGAAUGCUCUGUGCCUCCCACUGGGAUAUGGCCAAUGCCAAUGUUGUCUGUCAUCAUAUUGGCUGUGGAGUUGCCAUCUCAACCCCAAAAGGAGCAUACUUUGUGGAAAGAGAUGAUCAGAUCUGGAAAGCCCAAUUUCACUGCUCAGGGACUGAGUCCUUCUUAUGGAAUUGCCCUAUGACUGCCUUGGGCAUUCCUGACUGUACCCAUGGAAACAUAGCCUCUGUGAUCUGCUCAGGAAACCAGACUCAGGUGCUGCCCCAGUUUGACUCCAUGUCUGAACCAGCAGGCUCUGCAGCCUCAGAGGAGAGUGCUGACAGCUGCUCAGACACUGCACAGCUCCGCCUGGUGGACGGGGACGGUCCCUGUGCCGGCAGAGUGGAGAUCCUCCACCAGGGCUCCUGGGGCACCAUCUGUGAUGACAGCUGGGACCUGAACGAUGCCCAGGUGGUGUGCAGACAGCUGGGCUGUGGAGAAGCCCUCAAUGCCACGGUCUCUGCUCACUUCGGGGAGGGAUCAGGCCAGAUCUGGCUGGAUGACGUGAACUGCACAGGAAAGGAGUCCCACGUGUGGAAGUGCCCUUCCCGUGGCUGGGGACGGAACGACUGCUGGCACAAGGAGGACGCGGGGGUCAUCUGCUCAGAGUUCCUGGCCCUCAGGAUGGUGAGCGAGGACCAGGAGUGUGCUGGAUGGCUGGAAGUUUUCUAUAACGGGACCUGGGGCAGCGUCUGCCGCAGCCCCAUGGAAGCCAUGACCUUGUCCAUGAUCUGCAGACAGCUUGGAUGUGGGGACAGUGGGACCCUUAACUCUUCUGUUGAUUUUAGGGAAGGUUCUAGACCCCAGUGGGUAGAUGGAAUCCAGUGUCGGAAAACUGAUAUGUCUCUUUGGCAGUGUCCUUCUGACCCUUGGAAAUACAGGUCAUGCCAUCCAAGAGAUGAAGCUUAUAUCACGUGUGCAGGGAGACCGAACGACUGUCCUACUGCUGCCCCCUGCACAGACAAAGACAAGCUCCGACUCAAGGAUGGAGACACCGAGUGCUCAGGGCGAGUGGAGGUUUGGCACAAUGGCUUCUGGGGCACAGUGUGUGAUGACUCCUGGAGCCUGGCAGAGGCUGAGGUGGUGUGUCAGCAGCUGGGCUGUGGCUCUGCCCUGGAAGCCCUGCAGGAGGCGGCAUUUGGCCCAGGAAAUGGGAUCAUCUGGCUGGAUGAGGUGCAUUGCAGGGGCGGGGUGUCCUCCCUGUGGACCUGUGCUUCAGAGCCCUGGGGGCAGAGCAACUGCAAGCAUGAGGAGGAUGCUGGCGUGAGGUGCUCUGGUGAAAGAACAUUGCUCACCACUACAGCAGGUACAGUGCCACCAUCCAUAUCUGGCCCAAGCAUUUUCUCCUUGCCUGAGAUCCUUUGCCUCAUCUUGGGGGCCCUUCUCUUCCUGGUCAUCAUCAUCCUGGUGAUUCUUCUGCACAGAUGGAGAGUGGAGUGCAGAGCUUUAUCCAGUUUCGAAGAUGCUCUUGACGAGGCCACAUAUGAGGAGAUUGGUUAUUAUGUAACACCAAAGAAAGAGGCUCUACUGAGCAGACCAGCUCAGAGGACUGAUGCCUUUAGUGAAGUUUACGAUGAUGUUGAAGAGGUACCAGGGCCCAAGGCUCCUUCUGCCUCUCAGAUGAGCGAGGGGGAAGUGCCCCCAGAAGAGAAUGGAGUGGGAGCUUCUCAGACAGGCUCCCCUCUGCACUUCCCUACAGGGGCAGCUCAUCCUGGGAAAGAAGACCAGGGGCAAAAAGAGGACCCUGGGUAUGAUGACAUUGAACUAAGUGUUCCUGGAACAGCUGCAGUGGCUUUUCAUGGUGUUGUAUUAUAAAAGAGAUGAAGCCUCAGAUAUUCUAACUGCCUGUAUUCCAACAGAGUA